GAGGCGCCAUAGCAACGGCAGCGCGGUCUGAACACAGGGAGACAGAGAGAGGCAGAGCGCAACCGGCACCGGGCUAAACAAUCAUGUUUAAAAACACCUUCCAGUCCGGCUUCCUGUCCAUCUUGUACAGUAUCGGCAGCAAACCCCUCCAGAUCUGGGACAAGAAGGUGCGGAACGGACACAUCAAGCGAAUAACAGACAAUGACAUCCAGUCGCUGGUGCUGGAAGUUGAAGGGACAAAUGUCAGCACCACGUAUAUCACAUGCCCGGCAGACCCUAAGAAGACAUUGGGCAUCAAGCUUCCCUUCCUGGUCAUGAUUAUCAAAAACCUGAAGAAAUAUUUUACUUUUGAGGUGCAGGUACUGGAUGACAAGAAUGUGCGCCGGCGUUUCCGGGCGAGUAAUUACCAGAGCACAACGCGGGUGAAACCGUUUAUCUGCACGAUGCCGAUGCGCCUGGACGAUGGCUGGAACCAGAUCCAGUUCAACCUGUCAGACUUCACCCGGCGCGCGUACGGAACCAACUACAUCGAGACGCUGCGUGUGCAGAUUCACGCAAACUGUCGGAUCCGCAGAGUUUAUUUCUCUGACCGCCUGUAUUCUGAGGACGAGCUUCCCGCUGAAUUCAAACUCUAUCUCCCUGUGCAGAACAAAGCAAAGCAAUGAGACCGUGUGGUGUCACCUCCGGAAAGUGUUUUUAUAUUUUGACCAGAUCCAUCAGCGCCCCCUUCCUCCCAGACUAAUGAAUUGCAUUUAAUUAGCCCAUGUAUGUUUUGUAAUAAAUCUCUGCUCCUAUUGGCUGGUCCCUGUGUGCUACCGUAGGGCCCCUGACUCCAGCCAAUCACAAGCAGUUCCACCAGUUCAGUUAUUGCAUUUUGUGCCUUGAUCAGUUAUAGAUUUCAGAAGAAACACAAUUUAUAGCUGGAAAAGAAACAACUCGUCCCUUUGUCAACUUUUUCAGUUUAGUCCCUUUAUUAUCCUGUACGGUGGCCCUGGGGGCCCAAGUGACGACAGAUACUGAAGUAAGGAGAUUUAGCUCCCCCUGUCAGUUCAGCUGAAUCCGUUUCCAUCGAGAGAUGAAGGUUUAUUUCUGUAUUAAAUAUUCUAAUUUA